CAGAAUUAUUCUGUUUCUGACCGAUACGAAAUGGAUUUGGUAGUACGUAGAGAGUGGCCAUGUUUUUGUUUUCUUUUUUUCUACCUUGUGUUGGCGGCACGGCUCUCCAACGAACGUUCACAUGAUCACUACUUCUUUUGCCCAAGAGAAAGGUUUGCAAAAAAUUUCGCACAGCGUUUUCCGUGCGUCGUUCCUUUUGUUUUCCAACCAUCGACUGUUACAGUUACUGCUGGUGCUACUGCUACUUCGAUGCAUCUCAGCUGCUAAAUGAAAAUGAGGAGGUAGUUCUUGUACUUGCAGGACUGACACGAGCACGACAGAAGAUUUGCAAACUUAUUUUUACCCCGUCCCACUGGGGCACAAAAUGUUGGUAAAUAGAUUUAGGGUCGUCACUGUGCAAGCACUUCCCACCGUAACGCCGCUCCGUUUCAAACAGUGCUCCGGUGGCCAAUCACAUCGAAGAGCUGAUCCGUGUCGGACAACGGCCCGCGGACGAGGUGGCGGAGCCACAACGAUAACCGCUUGUAGGGGAAGGCGUUGUAUUCACACCACUAGCUGCUUCAGCUUGCUCGACCCAAAUACCAAGAGUAAAGACGAGAAACGACGAGGAGGUCGGAACGAGCACGGGGCCCUCAAGCUGCAGCUCCGGGCUGAGCAAGUCUUAUUUCCGGGUCGUCGAGCCAUGGCGUCAAUGACGGCACGGGCAAAGGAGCUGGUGGGUCUGACGACAGGUGGAACUUCUUCUGUUGGCGAUGUGGCUCCUUCCGACGCUUUCGGGCCAGCGAAUCUACCAUACGGGGUCUUCAGCACCACCAGCGCGGAAGAUGUUCGCGGUCGUGCCGUCAGCACCACACCGACCCGAAUCGGCGUUGCCAUUGGCAGCAAGGUGCUGGACUGCCAGUACUUGGCGCGCACCAUUCUGCAAGCGCGCGGAGACGGGGCAGCGCCGCCGGGGCUGGCCACUCUGCUUAGCGAGGAUUUACAGGCCUUCAUGAGUGAGGGCAAGGCAGCUUGGGAUGGGUUCCGAGCAUUGCUGCAACAAGAAGUUUUUGGUGACGAAGAAUUCCUUGCGAGCCACGCAGACAAGGGUCUGCUUAUCGACCGCACUAGUGUCCAAAUGCAUCUGCCGUGCCGGAUCGGUGAUUACACUGACUUUUACGCCUCCCGUGACCACGCAACCAACGUAAGACAACGCAGACCUGCUACUUUAUGUUGACAGGCCGCGGACAAGAACGCGGUCUUAACAUCGAUUCAUCUUCAUUUCUUUCUUGAAGAACUAGUCGUAGUCCACCCCUAUCCCUAUUCCUAUGUUGUUUGAAUUGUUUCAGAUUCUCAGAUUCAGUUGUUCCAUAGGUUCGCGAUGCAUCUAGAAGACUGACACGACACUUGUACGAAGAAGUAUCUAUUCUUAACUCGCCAAGUUCGCUACAACGAUGAGUCAGCAGCGCCUCCAGGACAAAAGCUCAAACUACGUCGCUGAUACAGUCGAGAAAAUCCAUGGAAUGCGAUUUGAAAAAAUGACUGUGAUUACUCCUCUGCAUUCACCUCAACUCCAGGUAGGGAAAAUGUUUCGGGAUCCGGAAAAUGCGCUGCUGCCGAAUUGGCUGCAUCUGCCGGUAGGGUACCACGGACGGGCCUCUUCCGUGAAAAUAUCCGGGACGCCGGUGGUCCGGCCCUCUGGUCAGGUUCUACCGAAAGACGCUCCCCCCCACGGACCUCCGGAAUGGGCACCCUCGAAGCUGAUUGACUAUGAGCUCGAGGUGGGUGCGUUUAUCGGCGGAAAGCCUAUGGCUCUAGGCGAGACUCUAUCUCUUCAGGAAGCAGAGGAACGACUCUUCGGCCUGGUUCUGCUCAACGAUUGGUCCGCGCGGGACCUGCAAAAGUGGGAGUAUGUGCCUCUUGGACCCUUCCUGGCAAAAAACUUUGGCACCAUUAUUUCCCCCUGGAUCGUUCCCAUGGCUGCGCUUGAGCCCUAUCGUGUCCCCACGUUAUCGCAUUGAAUCAAACAUCAAGAUUUUUACAAAGCCGCCCAUGUACAAAGUACAACAAGGAUGUGCUGCUGAUGUAUUCAUGGGUAGAAGCAGGUGGCCACUUCUUUUUGCGAUUGUUUGGAAUGAAAAGUAAUUGCUACUGUGGCCGUCUCGGCUUUUCCUGCUGCGUGCUCCUACCGGCGCCGGCAGAUACAUGAUAUAGCAAAAAAGAUCUUCGACUUCCAGAAAUUUUAAUUCACGCCAUGGUAGCAUGGUCGUGACGACUUGAAAAUUAUAUUAAUGUGAUACACUCCACCGCAGACGGACCCUCUUCCCUUGCCCUAUCUGCGACAACCAGAAGGCGCGCGGGGAAACUUUGACGUCAGAUUGACGGCGGAGAUUGCAGUGCCAACCACGGACGGAGGCCUUAGCGAAACAGUGGUUACUCGCACGAACCUCAAGUAUAUGUAUUGGUCCCUCGCGCAGCAACUGACACACCAUGCCUCGAAUGGCUGCAACAUGCAACCUAUGCACUUUGAAACUAAAACGCACCUGCGCAUACGUACAAAUCGGGGAUGUAGGGGGGCGGGGGCGGGCAUGACAGAAAUACAAAACAUAAGUAGAGUACACACCACGCAAUUCUGAAAACAGGAUCAGCAUAGAGCUAGCGUGAAUUAUCUCAAUAACAAUAUGCCAACAAGAAUCAUAAAGUAGAAGAGGACAGAAGUAAGACAAGAACACACAGCAAAAGCAACAACACGCAAAGCCACAGCUUGUAAGUACGUAUACGAUGUCACCAAGGUGCUUUCACGUAGUAUCAUAUCAGGCGACCUGAUUGGUACAGGGACUAUAUCGGGUCCGGAAAAAUCUGAGCGCGGGUGUCUUCUGGAACUCACCUGGGCGGGCCGUGACGAAGUAGCGCUCCAGAACGGUGAUGUGCGAAAAUUUCUCAAAGACCGAGACGCAGUCGUUUUGCGUGGCACCACCGCGGACGCUAAGGUGGGAUUCGGCUCGUGUUCGUCGCAACUGUUGCCCGCUCGUGCUGGUUCGGGAUGA